AUGGCGCAAACCUUUACGCUUCACCUUCUUCUUCUCUUGUUGGUUACUAUCGAACCAAGCAGCGGCAGCCUGUUUGAUCUCGAAGAUGCGGUUUACUCAUUCCUCGUCACAAAUUGUUCUAACAGUGAAAGACUAGUAACUUUCGAUAUCACUGGAGAUAACAAGACCCGAGGCCUCAAGGCCGGCGAAACCAUGGACACGCACCCACCUGUGAAGAUUAAAGUCGGCCCGGUGAGGUACGGCAAGGCCCAAGUUCAGUCCCUACAGCUGUCUGCUGUGUAUGUCCAGAUUUUUCACAACAACCAAAGUGGCGUGGUGGGUAAUGCUUACAUAUCAGAGGAAGUAGAGCACAAAGACGAAUACACGUGGACUGUCACCAAGGGAGUAGAGUUCACUACUACAGUCAAGUUCAGUGUAAACAUUCCACUGGUAUAUCAAUUCAGCUCAGAACUUUCGACAUCCUUGAAGACAACUUCUGGAUCAACCACGGUCGAAACACGAACUACGCGACAAUCGAUUACACAAGAUGUGAUAAUACCUCCUGGAACCACCAUUGAAGCAAAGUGGUAUGUCAACGAAGCGCGAGUGGUUGUGCCAUGGGAGGCAGACAUCUAUUUGGAGGGAACCGUUGCAGCAUUAUUUGAAACACCUAACAGAGCUUUAACAUGGAAGUACUUCAAUGUGACCGAUAUUAAACAUAAAUAUUUACAAAGAAACGGAACGUCCGUCCUAUUCCGGGCAUCGGGACUGUUCCAAGCAAACGUAGCUCAGAGUUACCACCUUUCCACUACCCAGAAAGAAUUAACGCACCGCACAGCGAGAUUGGCCAAAUAUAUUUUCGAGCAAGAGAGUUAGUG